CGCCCGGGGUCUGGCGUUUAUAGGUCUACGCUGGCCGGCCAGUGGCGGCUGCAGUGUUCGGGGUCGAGAUGUCAGGGCAGCAGGCGGGUGCAGAGCAGCGGCGCGAGGAGUCCAGCGCGCCGACCUCGUCGCCCUCUCGCUUCGUGCUGGGGCUGGACGUGGGCAGCACGGUGAUCCGCUGCCACGUCUAUGACCGGACGGCGCGGGUGCGAGGCUCCAGCGCGCAGAAGGUAGAAAAUGUUUACCCUCAACCUGGCUGGGUUGAAAUCGAUCCUGAUGCUCUCUGGGCUCAGUUUGUUGCUGUAAUAAAAGAUGCUGUCAAAGCUGCAGGGGUGCAGAUGAAUCAAAUUGUUGGUCUCGGCAUAUCAACACAGAGAGCCACUUUCAUUACAUGGAACAAGAAAACAGGCCAUCAUUUUCACAACUUCAUCAGUUGGCAAGAUGUAAGGGCAGCUGAACUUGUAAAGUCCUGGAAUAAUUCUCUUAUAAUGAAGCUAUUGCACGGGGCCACCAAACUCCUACAUUUUUUCAGUAGAAAUAAAGUGAUGUUAACGGUCAGCCGCUUCACUUUCACCACCCAGCAUGUCACCUUAAGGUUGGUCUGGAUUUUACAAAACCUGCCUGAGGUGAAAAAGGCAGUUGAAGAAGACAAUUGUUGCUUUGGGACUAUUGAUACCUGGCUGUUGUACAAGCUCACGAAAGGUUCUUCCUAUGCCACGGAUUAUUCAAAUGCCAGCACCACUGGAUUCUUUGAUCCCUAUGCGAUGCGCUGGAGCAGGCUUAUAGCCACCAUGGUCUCCAUCCCGUUCUCUAUCCUGCCUCCUGUGAGGGACACCAGCUAUAAUUUUGGAUCAGCGGAUGAAGAGAUAUUUGGCGUGCCUAUACCAGUUGUUGCCUUGGUCGGUGACCAGCAGUCGGCCAUGUUUGGAGAGUGCUGCUUUGAGACAGGAGAUGUGAAGUUAACCAUGGGAACCGGGACAUUUUUGGAUAUCAAUACUGGAAAAACCCCUCAGCAUGUUAACGGAGGCUUUUACCCGCUAAUCGGAUGGAAGAUUGGGCACGAACUUGUAUGUUUAGCUGAAGGAAAUGCAGGAGACACCGGCACCGCUAUAGUAUGGGCUCAGAAGUUAGAUCUCUUCACAGAUGCUGCUGAGACUGAAAAAAUGGCCCUGAGCCUGGAAGAUUCUGAAGGGGUUUAUUUUGUUCCGUCUUUUAGUGGAUUACAGGCUCCAUUAAAUGACCCUUGUGCCUGUGCCUCUUUUAUGGGUUUGAAGCAUUCCACUAGUAAAUACCAUCUCGUCCGAGCAAUAUUGGAGUCAAUAGCUUUCAGGAACAAACAGUUAUAUGAUAUGCUGCAGAGAGAAAUCCAGAUCCCGGUCACGAAUAUCCGGGCAGAUGGAGGUGUCUGCAACAAUGCUUUUGUCAUGCAGAUGACUUCAGACCUGAUUAAUGAGAAGAUAGACAGACCUGCCCACUUCGACAUGUCCUGCUUGGGUGCAGCCUCUCUGGCUGGCCUUGCUGUUGGGUUUUGGGCAGACAAGGAAGAGCUACAGAAGCUGAGGCAAAGUGAGAUGGUUUUCAAGCCUCAGAGGAAGUGGCAGGAAUAUGAGGUGAAUAUGGAAAACUGGGUGAAAGCCGUGAAGCGCUCUAUGAAUUGGUAUAACAAGACGUAACCCCAGAGAGCUGAGGGAAACCUGCAGGCCGGGUGACAGGAUGUGCCGAUGGGAGAGGCUCAGUGAUCACCGUAGGACCGUGGCCAAGAGGAGAAGAUGUGAAACAGCCUCACGAGCUAAGAGAAGAAGCCUGGCUCUUUAAAAAAGAAAACUCACAGAAAAUACUUCCUAUUUUUUAAAUCCAAAUCUUCGUGAAAUUUUUAGGCAACAACACCUCAA